CGCAUUCAAUUGAAAGUACCCCAAAUUUCGCAGCUUUAUAGCCUUAUAAGUCAUGGGAUACUCCAUGGCGUCGGACUCGCCAGGAUUGAAGAUUCGGGGAAGAGUUCGAAAGCAUUGAUCUCUCGUGACGUGAAGCACCGUUUACAUUUAAUCAGGAGCCUUUUGAGGAUGUAGUUCACAGCCUCAUUCCCUGCUCUGGAGUCAUGGCCCCGACUAGCUUUAGCUUGGAGCUCAACACACCGGUUUACCGAGGGACUGUGUCGGUGGACACAAGGUUGUUCAUAGGGGGCUCUUUCGUUGUACCUGUUGAAAGCGGGGAGAUUGAGGUUGUCAAUCCUUCGACGACUAAGGUUAUCGCGUCCGUUUAUGCUGGGACGGCUGAAGACGUUGACCUUGCUGUGGCUGCCGCCAAAAAGGCGUACAAAAACUCAUGGGGACUAAAAGUACCUGGAACCGAACGUGCCAGACUCCUCAAACAGGUUGCCGACCUUUUGGAAGCUAACGUUGAUGAAUUCGCCGCAUUGGAGGCUCUCAAUGUCGGAAAGCCAUUUAUGAUGGCCAAGAACAUGGACCUCAAGUUUGCGGUAUCGACACUCAGGUAUUACGCUGGGUGGGCAGAUAAAGUUGGCGGAAAGACGAUUGAAACCAACGAGACCAAGUUCUCCUACACGAGGCGUGAACCAUAUGGUGUAGUAGGAAAUAUCAUUCCUUGGAAUUUACCUUUGUUACUACUUUGUAACAAGCUUGCUCCAGCCCUAGCUGCUGGAAAUACGGUCGUAAUCAAGCCGUCUGAAGUAACACCCCUCACCGCGCUCAAGUUUGCGGAAAUUGUCAGUCAAGCAGGAUUUCCCCCAGGUGUUGUGAACAUUGUCAACGGAUAUGGAAACACUGUCGGAGACGCAAUCGCACAUCACCAUGAUAUUUCUCUUGUCUCGUUCACUGGGAGCACUGUUGUUGGCAGAAAAAUACAAGAGGCUGCCGCAAAGUCAAACUUGAAGGUCGUGCAUCUCGAGUUAGGCGGCAAAUCGCCGAAUAUAAUUUUUGACGAUGCCAAUUUAGAACAGGCCGUAAAGUGGUCUUCAAGCGGCAUAUUCUUCAAUAUGGGCCAAGCGUGCAUAGCUGGAUCUCGUAUAUUUGUCCAAGCAGGGAUUUACGACAAGUUCAUUGCAGAAAUGACCAAAGUCGCUCAGAAUCUGGGAUCUCAUACUGGAGAUCCUUUUGAAGAGACGACGCAGCAUGGACCACAAGUAUCCCAGGUUCAGUUUGAUCGUGUCAUGGGGCACAUCAGGUCUGCAAAGACAGCUGGCGCAACUAUUCACGUCGGCGGGUAUCAGCAUGGCAAUGGGGGUUAUUUUAUCCAACCCACGAUUAUCACAGACGUCAAACCCGAAAUGAAAGCUGUCAAGGAGGAAAUCUUUGGCCCCGUCGCUUCUCUUAUCAAGUUUGAGACAGAAGAAGAGGUUAUUGAGAUGGCUAACAACACGACCUAUGGAUUAGCGUGCGGUGUCUUCACGGAGAACAACAGCAGAGCCAUUCGAGUGGUACAUGCUUUAGAGGCUGGAAUGGCGUUUGUUAACUGCUACGGACUGGUAGACGUGCAAGUACCUUUUGGCGGAUACAAGCAGUCUGGGAUCGGUCGAGAGUGGGGUCAGGAAGGCAUAGAAGAGUACAUGCAAGUGAAGGCUGUUCAUGUCAACCUUGGACUGAAGAUUUGAGAGUUAUUUUUGCGAAUAUCCCUCUUGCAAGUCCUCGACCAUUGGUCAUAAUAGGUAUCACUGUUUACAAUAAUGACAUGUAUCGGAAUACUGGCCUCAAAGUGACCAUCCGUGGUGUAAAUCCGAUCUCGAGUCUCCCGUUGAUUGGUUCUUUGCUUAUAGCCGUUCAAAACAGUUACCUGAGCUUUCAGCCACUAGAAUUUGAUGUAGAACUGAGAC